GCGAGGAGGCGGUUUCUCUUUCGCCCUCAUUCUCCUGCGCUGCUGGUUGCUGCUGCUGCCGCUGCCAUGACGGGGGCUGUGUUGCUGGAGGUGGCCAACUGGAGCACCCUCUUGGCCUGCCUGGUGCUGAAGGUCCCUCAAGGCCUGGCCCUGCUGGCCGCCCGCUCCGCCCGGGGCUUCAGCCUGGAGGGGCUGCUCCUUGAGCUGGCAGGCUUCCUUGUAUGCUUGCGGUACAUGAGCUACUACAAUUAUCCUCUGCCAACAUACAUAGAAUAUCCCAUCAUCAUUGUGCAAGAUGUCAUUCUUUUGCUUUUUGUUCUGCAUUACACGGGCAACCUGAAGCAUGCUUUGCCUUACACAGCCAUAUUUGUGUCAGGAUGGUACAUAAUAGCUCUACAGAAAUGGAUAUUGGAUCUGACUAUGAACCUGAGCACUCUGAUCAGUGCAGCAAGUAAACUGAUGCAGCUUCGAUGCCUUUGGCAGACCAAAGAUUCUGGACAAGUGAGUGCUGCGACUUUGAGUUUAGCCAUCUACACCUGUACAACAAGAAUAUAUACAACUUUAAUGACAACAAAUGAUGCCACAGUUCUUGUCCGUUUUAUAGUCGUGUUGGCUCUGAACAUUUGGAUCCUUGCAACUGUACUGUCCUACAGGAAGGCAGCUAAGAAGGUUGACUAAGAUCAGAGAUUCUUCAGCCUCUUUUAACUAACGAGGACCAAAAGAAAGACUGGAACCAAUCCAUUUAGGACCAAAGUCUCAUCAUGCCAGAUGUAUAUCAACAUUCCAUGCGAAGGGAAGCUUCUGAUAUUUUUGGAAUAAAGAUGUCAGUAUAAAUUUAUUAGCACAGUUCCAAAGUUUGUUGAGAUGCAUACCGUGGUGAACAUUAUAAGAAACGUUGAUGAAUGGAUAGUAUUUUAGGACUGUACUACUUAAGAGUAUGUUUUUGUUUACAACUCUACUGAAAUAUGUCUGAGCAUCCUUUCUAGAACACCACUUCUCAAUGUUUCCAUCAAAUAACUUGCUGAAGCUGUCAGCAUAUUUCUCAAGACUGUCAUAUUCAUAGCUGUUACUGUUUACCAUGAAAACACUGUGGUCUGAAGACGAUGAUGAGGCUACAGCAUCUUUAAUAAGUAUUUUGGAUGAUUUUCCCAUUCCAUCCCAUCUGGGAAAUCUAUACCACAAUUAUAAAUCAACUCAUAACAAUCUGAUACUGUAUAUAAAAAGUAAACUCCUGGACUUACGUGAUGUUACAUGGGGAGUUAAAUGCAAGUAUCCAUCUAAGAAGUCAUGAUUACAUUAUUAUACUUGAUUGAUAAAUUGCUCCUCUGACUGGAAAGUUAAUUGUGUUCAAGUCCUACUUGCUACAAAAAAAAGGCUUAAACUAUGUUUACCUUUCUCUGGAUUGGCCCAUUAAUCUGUUUUAGAUGCAUUUUUCCAAUACCAGCUGGUUCUUCACAUCUUUUUUUGUUAGUGCCUGUAAAAGAGACAAAAUGCAUGCAGAACAAAGGCUCUUUCAGAACAGCCUCAGCUUUGAGAAUCAGUUUCUUUUGAAACAUGAAUGUAAAAGCAUAGGCUUUAUUCUUACAAUAAGGGUGGUAUGAAAAUCCCUCUACCUUAAACAUAAGACCUGUUAUGAAUUUCUUCGUCUGUUACUCUAAACUGUGUGUAGAUUGUGUACUGCAAAUGCUGAUCACACUGGCUUUGCCAGAGGGCCACUUCUUCAGUCAAAAUGGCACUAUGUAUAGCACAACAAAAAAAUCUAUGUAGCUAUUAAGUUGGAUGGAUGGAUGCAAAUUGAAGAAAAUCACCCAGGUGUCAGCAAUUUGAUGAUGACAACAUAGGAGUUUAACUUUUUAAAGACUGCAAUAGUAGUUCUGGUGUGUAACUGGCAUUUAAUGUUGAAUAACUUCUCAGAAAUGAAGAAUGGUAGUGUUUCCAACUGUGUGAAUAAAACCAGCAACUGUUUCUUACUCCACUGCGGCAACGAAGGGACAAAAAUGUUUCUCAGCUGACUCUGUACAAUCCAUUUACAACAUUUCUGAGCAAACUAUGAAACUUGGUAUGGAUGAAACACCUCACUGUGCAAAUAAAAUGUUUGUUUUUUUUAAAUUA